AAACAAAAGAUGGCCGCCUCUCGCUUCCUCAUCCACCUGCAAGCCCGCAACUGAACACAGCGUCACAGCUUUCCGCGAAAAACAAAAAGGUGCGUCGCAAUGGAUUCCAUGCCGGUGAAUUGGGAAGCACUAGACAGUCUGAUAUUCGAUUUCGCCAAAUCCGAAAACCUCAUUGAUGACUCAGCCGCUCCGCUUUCACCUCCGUUGUCGCUGUCAACUUCGCCCUCCUCGCCGUCUUCCUCGUCCUUCCACUCGCGGCUUCUUAUUCGACAAAUUAGACGUUCUAUGGAGUCCGGAGACGUAGAUGCUGCCAUUGAUCUCCUGCGUCUUUAUGCGCCAUCCCUUCUCGAUGAUCACCGCCUUCUUUUCCGCUUACAGAAGCAGAAAUUCAUUGAGCUUCUAAGAAAAGGCACAGAGGAGGAUCGUGAAUCUGCUAUGAAAUGCCUGCGGACAACUCUAGCUCCUUCUGCACUGGAUGCUUACCCUGAAGCAUAUGAGGAAUUUAAGCACGUUCUUCUUGCACUGGUUUAUGAUAGAAAUGAUAAUAGUUCUCCUAUCGCUCAUGAGUGGUCAGAGAAGAGGAGGUUUGAUAUUGCCGGGCUGCUUUGCUCACUAUUGAGGACACAUUUGCAUGCAUAUGACCCGCUGUUCGCAAUGACAUUGAGAUACUUGAUAAGCAUACAUAAGAACUUUUGCUCUCGACAAGGUAUUUCAUCACCUAUUUCAGAUCUUACAGAGAGAUUGCUUCUUGAGGAUCGAGACCCCCCUGCAACACCUCUAGAGAGUUUAUCUGAAGCACCUCCUUUUGAUGAGGUGGAUAUACAAGCCCUUGCUCAUGCUGUUGAAAUUACAAGGCAAGGAGCAGUCGAUAGCCUGAGGGUUGCUAGAGGUGACAUAUUUCAAGCAUUUCAGAAUGAAUUAUGUCGUACAAGAAUGGAUGUUUCUGUGCUUGAUGAACUUGUACACGAGUAUUGCAUUUAUAGAGGUUUUGUGGACUUCGGUGUAGCAUCGCCUUCUGCAUCUGAAAUUCAAGGUGUUUCCAUAGCUGUGAAUGAUGAUCAAUCAGUGUCUGGAUGCUUAUCAGUGAACUCUUCACUUGAAGUUGGCCCUAGAAACUGCACAGUUUCUGAUAGUGAAGCAUCUCUUACUGACGUUCACAGGGAAACCUCACCUAAUAACAGUAUUGUUACUGUGAGUACGCAAAGUACUGAUAUUGAAGAGCGUUUCUUUUGUGAGACAAAUAAACAUGAAGACUGCAGCACCAGUGGGACACAUGUCGAUGGAAAAGUUCCACAUAGAAUUCAUAGAACUGUUGAAAGGAAUAAACGUAAGCGGUGGAUGGGGAGAGAUGAGAAACUAGAGUAUAUGUCCGAAGCUACAUCUGAAAGAGGCAGAGAAGAGGCUUCCCGAAAGCUAGCCCCAGUAAACUUUAGAUGCAGUCGAGAGGACAAAUAUGAAACUUUACUGGGCAUUAAGGAGCUAGCAACCAAAGGAAUGACUGCAGAGGUGGUUGAUGAAAUUAAUGCUAUAGACCCAACUUUUUUUGCACAGAACCCAACCUUGCUUUUUCAGAUUAAGCAGGUUGAGUUUUUGAAGGUUGUUAGUUCUGGUGAUCACUCUGGUGCAUUAAAAGUAGCCUGCUCCUAUUUGGGUCCUUUGGCAGCUAGUAAUACUCAUCUGUUGAAGCCGUUAAAGGAUACUUUAUUGACAUUGAUGAAACCUAAUGAAGUGGUAUUUAGUGAAAGGUCUCCGCUGUUUGGACUUGCAACAUCACUACAGGUCGCUACUGGAAAGAGGCUUGGUAUUGAACAACCUCAUCUUAUGAAGAUUCUGAAAGCAACACUCUAUACACACAAGGAAUGGUUCAAACUCCAAAUGUGUAAAGAUCGGUUUGAAGGUCUUCUGAAGAUUGAUUCACUUAAAGAUCUCAGCGACCACUUGCUCAUAACUGCAAAUCCCAAGUCAGAUGUUGACUUGGCGACUCAUGGGUCAUCUCAAUUUACUGCAUCCUCUACUAACAGGAUGCAGGAAGAUGGUAGCAGCCCUAUACAAUCAUCUACCAAGGAUAUGGAAUGUGAUGAAACAGCGAUACUAAAAGUUAUGGAAUUUCUAGCAUUGCCAAGAGCAGAUGCAAUUCAUCUCCUUGCACAGUACGAUGGAAAUGCGGAGAUGGUCAUUCAGCAGAUAUUUGCAUAAUUUUCAUGUUGGUGCAAAUCUUAUGUAUUCUUUAAUCUUUUGUUGUUGAUUGUACCAUAUAUUCUUCUAUUUAACAAUUUUAUCUUCACGCUAAAAUUGGAACUUAAAUUAGAUGCCUUGCUGAAGGAGAGUGCUUCAGUCUCUAAAGCCGAUCCAGAAGCAUGGUAAUGGAUGAGCCAAUGUACUCCUAGGUGUAGUAUUUGCUUAGGGAUGGAAUGGAAUAGGAUAUAUGUUCAUCGCAGUUGUGGUUAAAUUAGGUAUCGGGCUUUGGGGAUGCUAGUGCCAUUUUGUAUUUCAGAAAAAGCCAAGUCCUACUCCCUGUGAAAGAGAAUUUUUUGAAUGAAGUGAUUCUUGUUGUACAUCUUUAACAUUAAGGAAUGUACAACACAACUCAUCCUAAGAUGGAAAGAGUGCAAACAUCAGUGUGAAAUAAUCUCCCUGCAACUUUAAUACUGGUAAAAGUGGGGUGACUCAUAUUGGCUGGUCCUGGUUUGCCUGCCCUCUUUUGUGCUGAUUCUUGGUUUGCGGUGGACUCAUUUCAUUCUUUAAUUUUUACAUUGAAAUGAUUAAUGUAUCAAAUAAUAUAUGCAUUUACAUUUAUAAGUUGAUCUUUUUAAAAUGAUAAAUACGUUUAAAAAUGUACUCCGUAUUAAAAUAGUGC